GGACCGUGGAACGGCUUUCGAGGCCCAACUCUUCCAAGAGCUAUGCCAAUUCCAUGCCUGCAAGAAACUCCGGACCAGCGCCUACCACCCUCAAGGGAACAGGCUCUGUAAACGCAUCAAUCAAGUCUUCAUCCACAUGCUGCGAGCAUCCUCUGUGUCAAGACAAGAAGAGUGUCCCUGACUAAUGCCUGAAUUACUGGAGAUCUAUAACACAGUCCAUUGUUCUAUGGGGUAUACCCCUUUCUACUUGAUGAUGGGGUGACAUGGGCAACUGCCUUAAGACCGAACAUUUGGGCUCCAGGCCCCAAUCAACAACUCUCCACAGGCAACUCUCCACAGGCCUCCCUUGAGAGGCAACAGGAAGAUUACAACUGUCACACCUCCGCCAAACCACUUCAAUUGGGUGAAAAAAGUCUGGCUUCGGAAGUUCUUUAAUAUUGGACUCCAUCUGGGAGACAGUGCCCUAUACUUUGACGGCCAUACCUUAUCCCGAAUCUGAUGUAUACGAAGUACAUAAACCCGUGUAUGAGCCACAAGUCAUCCACCGGAAUCGUAUCAAGCUCUGUCUCAAAGAAGAUCUACCUGUGCUCCCCGCUCCAUUUCCUCCAGAUGUCAGACCUGUGAGGUAGUACGUCCCUAGCGAGGGGAUCCACCCAUCUAUGGAUUUCCCCAUGUUUCCUCCAAACCAGCCGGCAAUCUUCUGUGUGUCUCCAACCUCAGGACUAGUUCAACCCACCUUAGUCACCAUGCCAGUCCCAGUCCUGUCACGGUUGGCUCCGGCCUAUACACCUGUCUCCCGAGUGACGACCAUGUCUUCAGCAUCUCCAGCACAAAUGCCAGUGAUGCUGAGUCCAGCAAGUCCUGAAUCAAUACCAUCUCCUGACUUUGCUGAAGAAGAGCCGGCUGCAGCUCCAGAAGCUCCAAGAGUUCAAGAUCCUCCAGAGGUGGUGCUGCGCAGAUCCCAAAGGUCAACUCAGGGACAAUUACCAGCCAGUUAAGUCUUUGCUGAGGUCCAGUGCAAUCAAAUCCUAGAGUGUGUCUGGAGUCCAUAGGAGGCCUCAAGUCCAUCCUGCAGCAACAAGCUUUCAAGUGUACAAGUAGGCUACAGUCACAGCUUAGUCAGUCUCAAGUCAAGUCAGUCACAGUCAUCUAUUGUCAAGUCAGAGUGGCCUGCACUAAAAUUGUCCAAAUCUUCUGCAAGUCCCAGCAAGCCCUUAACGUCUCUGAAGUCACUGGUCACCUCCGUGGGCAUGGCUGAACUGUAUAGACUGUACCAUCUGUCACUCAGUAAAGCUACC